AUGGAUAAUAGAUCACCAAGAUCAAGAGAAAUCUUGGGACCGAGACCGAAUCCAUUAAGAAUAUGUAAAGAUUCUCACAAGAUCACCAAGAAGCCACCACUAGCGCCGCAGCUGCUGCCACGGCAACUGCCACAGCCACCGGAGCUCCACCAUCAAGAACCAUCGCAGCCACCGCCGCCAAGUGGUCCGGUGAUCAUAUACACCGUUUCGCCCAAGAUAAUCCAUACACACCCAAAUAACUUCAUGACAUUGGUUCAACGGCUCACAGGCAAAACCUCUACCUCCACUUCAUCCUCUUCUCCAUACACGUCAGCCCCAAUAGACAUGUCAGCAUCAAAUGACACGUCAGCAACGAUGGAUACAUCCUGUGGCUCUAUAUCUCCGGCGGCUCGGUAUGCUGCUAUGGAGAGGGCUAAUGCCUCGAACGAGUUACUAGGGUUUGUGGGUGACGUAGAGACCACGAAUCAGUAUUAUCAUCAUCAUCAUCAGAAUCGAGCGACGCAAGGGCCAAAUUUUUAUCCUGCUGGUAUUUUAUCGCCAGGACCCACUUCUCUGCCAUCGAUAUCACCGGACUUCUUUUCUCCGGUUGGACAGACGACCGAUCCACAAGGUUUGUCGUCGUUCUUCAAUGACUUUAACUCUAUCCUACAGACUAGUCCUUCGAAGAUCCCGUCUCCUUCUUCCAUGGACCUUUUCAACAAUUUCUUUGAUUCUUGA